AUGCCGUCUCUAUCUACAAUAAAUACUCCUUUUCCCAAUCGUACACCAGAAUGCCAUAGCGUAGCUGCAACCCUAGAAUCCGUACCGCGGGAAUACCUCAGAUAUCCUGUUCCUGAUGAUUGCCGGGUCCUUAAGCUUCCUGACGGUCGCAAUCUAGCGUACGCAGAGUACGGUUCUAAGGCUCCCGACGCCCAUCCAUUUAUCUUUCUCCACGGAAUUCCCGACACCCGUCUUGAUGCGUGCUUAUUGCCUUCCGACCAGGCAAUCGCUAGGAAGCUCAAUAUCCGCUGGAUCGGCAUUGACAGACCAGGAAUUGGGUUGUCGACGUUUCAUCCCAAUCGCACUGUGCUUGGCUGGGUCGAUGAUCUAAAAUGUUUAAUACAUCAUCUAAAGCUUAGCAGAUAUCGAAUAUUCAGCGUCAGUGGUGGCACAGGAUAUGCCCUAGCUUGCGCGAAGCUACUACCGCGAGAUCAACUUCGCUCGGUAGGCAUUGGUUUUGGUGUCGGGCCAUGGGAGGCGGGCCUGGACGGGGCGAGCCUGCUUAAUCGUAUCGGGCUCCGGGUAUGGGAGAAGCAUCCAUGGGUAUUUGCGAAGAUCUUCGAUCGAUAUGUUGUUCCUAAGGUUCAGAUGGAAAGUCCGGAGAAGACGGAAGACAUGAUUCGGAAGCAGAUCAAGUAUUUGCCACAGAUAGAUAUGAAGGCUUUGGGAAGCGAGGAAGUUAUUCAGGGACUUGUCAAGAUCGACAGGGAGGUAUUUAGACAGGGUUCCUCGAAAGGUUAUGUGGAGGACAACAAGUUAGCCACAAAGCAUUGGGGCUUUGACUUAGACGAGGUUAAGUAUCCUGGGAUUAGGCUUUGGUAUGGCAAGCAGGAUGUCAAUACGCCUCCUGAGAUGGGGCGCUAUAUGGCUGCGCGGCUGUCAAAUGCCGUGCUGAAGGAGUACGAGGGAAAAAGCCAUUAUACCAUGUGGGAUCAUAUUGAAGAGAUGUUGGGAGAUAUGCUGCAAGACGAAUGA